UGAUAAUGAGAGGGAGCCCACCGAGGCAGCGGCACUUACAGGAGCCAUUUUGAACGGCUAUUCUCUGCAGCUGCUGUGUCUUUAGUUUUUUUGUCUCCAUCGACUCUCCACUUUUGUCCGGACGAGGUAUGGGACGCCGGAGGAGCGCGCGCUCGUGAUGGGACAGCCGUGUCCUGGAGCGCUGCCCGCCCUGCCCUGGGCGCUGCUGCCUGUCGGCUGCCUUCUCACCCUGGCCGUGCUGUCCGACGCCUACACCGUACACCUAAGCGAGGCGACGGAGCCAGGCACCGUGCUGCACAGCCUGGCUGCCGGCCGCACCUGCACCCUAGAGCAGGUUGUGGCCCCACGCUUCACGCAACGUUUCCUCCGAACGGACCCGCUGGAGGGUCGCGUUCACAUCACACAACGGCUAAACUGCGCCAGGCUUCCUCGCAACCCGUUUACGGUGUACACCGCCGCCGACUGCAGGGACGCUGCUCGUCCGGAGUUUAGCCACUUGGUGACUGGUCGCUACGAGAUACGCGUCCAUGGCGCUGGGUGCAAGGCCAGGUCGCGAGGCGGGCAGACCAUGCGGGAUAUGGACGUCCUCACUCUGCGGACGGACGCCAAAUCGCACACCGCCUGCUUUGCGGCGAGGGAGUCGUUGUUCAGGAUCGCUGACUUCGUACCGCCGCUGUCCAAAGAACACUGCGCCCUUCGCUGCCAAGUGUCUGGUAGCCGGCAAUUCCAUUACGGCGGCGGCUCGUUGCGAGCAUCCGAAGCUCUGUGUCUGCAGCGUGGCAGCUUCGCCGAGAUGGAUCUGCGGUGCGACAGGUGCCAGGUGACCGUCUCCAUGCACCUGCGGCUGGGUCUGGGCUCCUUUACACAGCAUCGCCUGGAGAGAAUUUUGGAAAGAGCGGCUCACUCUGAGACAGGACUGUCCAGUCGUGCCAAGCGGAACGUCAACAGCAGCCCCCAGUUCCAGCCCCCCAUGUAUCAGGUAUCCGUGCCGGAAAACAAGCCAGCCGGCACAGCUGUGGUGGUGGUGAAGGCUACUGAUCCAGACGAAGGGGAGGCCGGCCGACUGGAGUACUCCAUGGAUGCCCUGUUUGACAGCAGGUCUAACAGUUUGUUCACUGUGGAUCUUCAUAGUGGGACAGUUAGCACAGCUGAACUACUGGACAGAGAAACUAAAGACACCCAUGUGUUCCGAGUCACAGCAAUUGAUAAUGGUGUGCCUAGAAGGACUGCAAUGGCCACCCUGACAAUUACUGUUAGUGACACUAAUGAUCACGACCCGGUGUUUGAACAGCUGGAUUACAAAGAGAGUGUCAGGGAAAAUUUGGAAAUUGGUUAUGAAGUUCUGACUGUCAGAGCCACUGAUGGGGAUGCUCCAGCCAAUGCCAACAUACUGUACAGAAUCCUCAAUAACAACGGCACCAAUGCAGUGUUUGAAAUCGACUCCAGGUCAGGGGUCAUUCGCACCAAAGGUCUAGUAGACAGGGAAGCAGUCGAUUCAUAUCAGCUGGUAGUGGAAGCCAACGACCAGGGCCGUGACCCAGGGCCCCGUAGUUCCACCGCCACAGUUUCCAUCAUGGUGGAGGAUGAUAAUGACAAUGCUCCGCAGUUUAGUGAAAAACGAUAUGUUGUGCAAGUCCCAGAAGAUGUGGCCCCAAAUACGGAGAUCUUGCAGGUGACAGCCACAGACAACGAUAAGGGCAACAAUGCACUGGUCCACUUCAGCAUUGUGAGUGGUAAUGCCCGUGGACAUUUUUACAUUGAUGCCCAAAGUGGUAAAAUGGAUGUGGUCGGCCAGUUGGACUAUGAGGCCAACAAGGAAUUUAAUCUUCUGAUUCGAGCACAGGAUGGCGGCCGGCCCCCGUUGUCAAAUGUCAGCGGACUUGUGACCGUUCAAGUACUGGACGUUAAUGACAAUGCUCCGAUUUUUGUUAGCACCCCUUUUCAGUCUACUGUUCUGGAGAAUGUACCAAUUGGCUACUCUGUUAUCCAUAUUCAAGCAAUUGAUGCUGAUUCUGGAGAGAACUCACGCUUGGAGUAUAAGCUUAUUGAAAUGGCCCCAAAUUUCCCUUUUACCAUCAACAAUAACACUGGAUGGAUUGUGGUGGCUGCAGAACUUGACAGAGAGAUGGUGGACUUCUAUACAUUUGGGGUGGAAGCUAAGGAUCAUGGCCUGCCUCCCAUGUCAUCUUCUGCCAGCGUAAGCAUCACCAUUUUGGAUGUCAAUGACAACAAUCCAGAAUUUACCCAGAAGUUCUACAGCAUACGUUUAAAUGAAGAUGCUGCUGUGGGCACAAGUGUGCUUACGGUAUCGGCAGUGGACAGAGAUGUCAACAGUGUGGUCACCUAUCAGAUUUCCAGUGGCAACACCAGGAAUCGCUUCUCCAUUACUAGUCAAAGUGGCGGUGGCCUGAUCACUCUUGCCCUGCCUCUGGAUUAUAAACUUGAACGACAGUACUUUCUCACCAUAACUGCUUCUGACGGAACCAGAUUUGAUACUGCUCAGGUCCACGUUAAUGUCACGGAUGCCAAUACUCAUCGCCCUGUUUUCCAGAGCUCCCACUACACAGUCAAUAUCAAUGAGGACCGGCCGAUUGGCACCACAGUGGUUGUCAUCAGUGCAACUGAUGAAGACACAGGUGAGAACUCCAGAAUUACAUACAUCAUGGAAGACAGCAUCCCUCAGUUUAGGAUAGACCCCGACUCUGGAGCCGUCACCACCCAGAUGGAGCUAGACUAUGAGGACCAGGUGUCGUACACAUUGGCAAUUACCGCUAAAGACAAUGGUAUUCCCCAAAAAUCUGAUACCACCUAUUUGGAGAUUCUUGUGAAUGAUGUUAAUGACAACACACCCCAUUUCCUUAGAGAAAUUUAUGUGGGAACCGUGUAUGAGGAUGUGCCAGUUUUCACCAGUGUUGUCCAGGUGUCGGCCAUUGAUCGUGAUUCUGGCUUGAAUGGCAGAGUGUAUUACACAUUUCAAGGUGGCGAUGAUGGUGAUGGGGACUUCAUAAUUGAGUCAACUUCAGGCACUGUGAGGACACUGCGCAGGCUUGACAGGGAAAACAUGCCAACAUAUGAGUUAAAAGCUUAUGCAGUAGACAAGGGGCUCCCUCCCUUAAAAACGCCCAUCGAUAUUCAAGUCACCGUACUUGACGUCAACGACAACCCUCCUGUUUUUGAGAAAGAUGAGUUUGACAUUCUUGUGGAGGAGAACAGCCCAAUAGGGCUGGUUGUGGCCAGAAUCACCGCCACAGACCCUGAUGAGGGGACAAAUGCCCAGAUCAUGUACCAGAUCGUCGAAGGUAAUAUCCCAGAAGUCUUUCAGCUUGAUAUCUUCUCCGGGGAGCUGACCGCUCUUGUGGAUCUCGAUUAUGAAGCAAAGUCCGAAUAUGUGAUUGUGGUGCAGGCCACAUCCGCCCCAUUGGUCAGUCGGGCCACUGUCCAUAUCAAACUGAUUGAUAAGAAUGACAACGUUCCAGUCCUCAAGAACUUUGAGAUCAUUUUUAAUAAUUAUGUCACCAACAAAUCCAGCAGCUUUCCUGGUGGGGUGAUUGGCCGCAUUCCUGCGUAUGACCCAGAUGUCUCGGAUACUCUUUACUACAGUUUUGAGCGAGGCAAUGAACUUAGCUUGAUCUUUCUAAAUGAAACAACAGGCGAGAUUCGGCUGAGCAGCUCUCUGGAUAACAACAGGCCCUUGGAAGCUGUCAUGCUUGUUUCAGUGUCAG